AUGGUGGUUUGACCAUUAGUUCAAGUCAAAGAAAAAAACUCAAUCAGAGAGUUGGUUGGAUCUGUGAAGAAUCAAAAUUUUCCAUUGACAGUGAAAUUAAAGAAGAUUGAGCAGAGAAAUUAAACAGCUAAGUUCUAAUUAUCCAAAAUUAUUUCCAAAGUUGCAUGAUUCCAUCUUUGUUAACUGGAAGAACCAAAACCCACUCCUCUCUAAUUUUCCGUUACUUUUCGCUCCUUUCUUUUUCUCUGCAAACGUUUUCCACACUUCCCACCAAUCCACCACUUUCUUUUUUCCCCUCUCUGUUUUCAUCCCAAUUCAAUUAUUCCCAAACUCUCAACUUCAUUUUCUUCCCUCAGAAGCAAUGUCUUCCUUCCAAUUCCAAUUCGAAGAGAAUGAUGCAAAGCUGAAGCUGAUUUCCACCAUUUAGGGUUUUAGGGUUUUUGCUUUUUGGGGAAUGAGAGCGCAUGGCAUUUGCUAGUGCAACAGCGAUCGCUUCCUCUCUGUAUGGCGUUGCGCGCGUGGGUUACUGUGACCCGAAGGUUCCAUUUGUGGGUUCAGGGUUUUGUGGUUCCGCUUUUUGCGUUGGGUCGCACGCAGGGAAGAGCGAUGUGGUGCUUGAAAGGAGGAAGUUGAAGAAGGUCGAUACACGCACUGUUGAGAAUUCGCCGAUGAAAUCGAGUGUUGAAAUUGAAAUCCCAGUUUCUUGCUAUCAGCUUAUUGGUGUUCCUGAUCGAGCCGAGAAAGAUGAAAUUGUUAAGGCAGUUAUGGGUUUGAAAAAUGCAGAAAUUGAUGAAGGUUAUACAAUGGAUGUUGUUACAGCUCGGCAGGAUCUUCUAAUGGAUGUUAGGGAUAAGCUUCUUUUUGAGCCAGAGUAUGCUGGUAACCUGAGGGAAAAGAUUCCCCCUAAAUCUUCCCUUCGAAUUCCUUGGUCUUGGUUGGCAGGUGCUCUAUGCCUUCUUCAAGAGGUUGGAGAAUCAAAGCUUGUGCUGGACAUUGGACGGACAAGUAUUCAGCAUCAAGACGCCAAGCCAUACACAGACGACUUGAUUCUCUCUAUGGCACUAGCUGAGUGUGCAGCUGCGAAGAUUGGCUUUGAGAAGAAAAAAGUAUCUCAAGGUUUUGAAGCUCUUGCUCGUGCCCAGUGUCUUCUAAGAAGUAAACCAUCUCUUGCAAAAAUGACACUGCUAUCACAGAUUGAAGAAUCUCUUGAAGAUCUUGCACCUGCUUGCACCUUGGAACUACUGAGCAUGCCACAUACUCCUGAAAAUGUUGAUCGAAGAAGACGAGCAAUUGCGGCUCUGCGUGAAUUGCUCAGGCAGGGUCUUGAUGUUGAAGCUUCAUGCCAAGUGCAGGACUGGCCUUCCUUUCUAAGCCAAGCAUUCGACAGUUUGCUGGCAAAAGAGAUAGUUGAUCUUCUUCCUUGGGAUAACUUAGCUGUGAUGCGAAAGAAUAAGAAGACUAUUGAAUCACAGAAUCUAAGGGCAAUAAUUGAUUCAAACUGUUUCUAUAGAGUUUUUACAGCUCAUAUGGCACUUGGGUUUUCAAGCAAGGAAAAAGAGUUGAUUAACAAAGCAAAAGGCAUAUGUGAAUGUUUGAUAUCUUCAGAAGGUAUUGAUUUGAAAUUUGAGGAAGCUUUUUGCUUAUUCCUGCUUGGACAGGGCACAGAAUCUGAGGUGGUUGAAAAGCUUAAGCAGCUUGAGCUGAAUUCAAAUCCAAAAAAUAAUUCAAUCUUGGGAAAGGCAAUAAUCGAUGCUUCUGCUGUGAACCCAUCACUGGAAAUGUGGCUGAAGGAUUCUGUGCUUGCAUUAUAUCCAGAUACUAAAGAUUGUUCUCCAGCUUUGGCCAUUUUCUUUAAUGCUCAGAAGAAAUUUUCUGGAAGCAAGAAUUCUAAAGGAGCUUUACAAACAUUACCUGCUAUAUGUCAUAGACCUCUAUCCGCAUCUGGUUUGUUUGAGCAAAGCGAUGUUGAGGAACCUCGCACAUAUGUGAACUCUUCUCCUAAUCUAGGUUUUGCUGUCAAGCAGCUGACUCCAACUGAUUUGCAAAGUUCACUGUUAUCUGGAAAAAUUGAAAAUGGAAACAAUCCUAGCGAGUCACCUAUUCAAGUGCAAAGGAAACUUGGUAGUCAUCACAAUUCAGGAAUUUGGGAUAGUCACUUCAUUCGUGGACACAUAUUUGAAAGAAUAACAUAUAUUACCGUAUUGGGUUGUAUAUCAUUUGCUACCAUUAAGUUGUCGGGAAUGAGCCUGAGCAAGACUCUCACUGGCUCUCAUUUUGCUUUUACUAAAGCCAAUGGUGACAUUACUUGGACUACAGAUACAUCUGACUACACUGUAGGUCCUGCUUAUAUUAGACAAAGUAUUAUUGCCAACAAACUGAAGAAAUUCCUGUCAAUGUUUAGGAUACAGUUGUUGCACCAGUCAGAUGCUGGAAAUCAAAGUAAUUUACACACUACUCUUGCCUCAUCAUCCUCCCCAAUUAAUGUGUACAGAAGCCUGAUGCCUGUGGAAGAAGCCGAAACCCUUGUUAGGCAAUGGCAAACAAUCAAAGCUGAAGCUUUGGGGCCUAGCCAUGAAAUUAAUUGCCUAGCUGAAGUUCUUGACGAAUCUAUGCUUGCUCAGUGGCAAGCUUUGGCUAAUACUGCAAAAGAAAAAUCGUGUCACUGGAGAUUUCUUUUGCUGAAAUUAUCCGUCCUACGAGCUGACAUUCUGUCAGAUGGAAAUGGAGCUGACAUGGCAGAAAUAGAAGCUCUCUUAGAGGAAGCAGCUGAACUCAUUAAUGGUUCUGAGCAAAAAAACCCAAACUACUAUAGCACAUACAAAGUUAAGUAUGUUAUGAAGAGGCAAGAUGAUGGAUCAUGGAGGUUCUGUGAAGGUGAUAUACGAACACCAUGACAUUUGAGCUUAUUACUAUACCACGCCAGGAUAACUGAUGUUAUAGCUAACUCGGUUCCUUCCCUUAAAUUAGUUUUCUGGAACCUUAGAAUUGAAAAACUACUCCAUUUAGGCAGAUGAUGACAUCCUAAGAAUUUCUUUACACAAUAUAAAUUCCUCCAUCCCUUCCUUUUCUUUAUGAUUAUGACCUGUAAAGAGCUGAUUGAUUGGCGUAUUCAUUGGGGUUUACCAGAAAAUUGAAAUUUCGCAUUCAAUUUUCUGCUAACCAAAGUAAUGUGUAAAGAUUUGUUAUUCUUUUUAUUUUUUCAACUCUAUAAUCUUUCUUCAAUGUCAAUUCUAUAUUAGUUAGCUUGUGU